AUCUUCUGCUGAGAGAAACCUCUCAGCUAAGCCUUACCCUGCUCUGACCCAGUGAUGUUCUUGAACAAAAAGAAAUCAUGGGUCUACUUUUUGCAACAUUAUCUUGUUCUUCAUAAUAACUUUACCGGAAGAACAAACACCAGAAAUGGUGAUAAAAUGAAAGAUUGUGUCUUCUCAGGACCGAUGAAUGCACAGUUCCUAGACUGUUCAGAAACUCCUCCUGCCUCAUGCAUAUGUUUACUCUUUUGCCCCACCCUCAUGUUCGUUUUCUGUGUCACAGAAAUAUUUGACAGAAUUCAAUUUCAAGGAGGGAAAAUUUAAACUGGCCAAUAGUCUGAGAGGUCAGCUGUGAACUGGAGGUGAGGCAGAAUACCAUAGCAGCCGGAGCACACGGCAGAGGAGGCUGGUGCCUCUUGGUAGCCAAAGAGCAGAGACCCAAGGCAGCGACUUUAAAGGCAUGCCUCAGUAACCUGCUUCCUUAUCCCUUCACCUUCCAUGGAUAAAUUCAGAACCCUUAUGAUCCAGUCACCCCUACUGACCAAGCCUUCAGUACAUCACCCCAGUUUUCAAAGAAGCCAGGUCAGAGUGUUACACACUGGGGGGAAAUGAAGUAUGUAAAGUCUGACUACAUACCUACUUGGUGCUCUCCCUGGUUCUUAAGACCCUACUUGUAACUACCACCAGGCAUUGGAUCACAAGACCCUCUGCAGGUGAGGAGAAGUAAGCACUUCAGCUGUCCUGCUAUCCUUAUCCUCCAGUGGAGCCCUGCUGAGCGCAAGGAGAAAGAAACUGUCCUUGGACCUGUAGACCUGCUCUUGGGGUAGCAGAUGGCCAGGUAGCAUUGCUUCAUGCUUCAGCCUAUCGGCAGGCUAGCCUGAAUUUAUUCAAGUAAUCCAGGGCCCAAUUCAAGAGCAAAUCAGGUUACAUAAUAGUUAGCAACAAUAAAUCACAAUGCUCUAUCCUUUAAAAUCUUAAAAGUACCAGUCCUCACUGGCUCUGACUUCUUGUAAAGUGCCCACUCUUCAAGAGGUAAGUGGUCCCUUGGGUCCAUUUUAAAAGGAGAUGGCCAUCCCUUAGAGAUCUCACUGAGGACAAAGGCCCUACUGAGGCUCACAAUCCUGACAGGUUGAAAGCCCAGGCUGAAGGACUGUGAGGUGGGUACUACUAGGGUGGGCUGAGAGAAUCUGAGCACAUUCCAGAGAUGCAGGCCUAUCUGAUGCACCUCAAGAACCUCUGGCUCAGGUGUACACCACCUGCAGAAGGCAUCAGGCUUUUCCUCUGUCACUCAUGUACCCCAUGAGGGUGCCAGCCUGGACUGUCAUUUAGCACAACAUACUAUUUUUUUUCAUUCUUACCCAGAGGCAUGAGGUUUGGGUAGAAUAGACUCCUCCCCCCUUUCCAGGAUGGAUCCUGAUUAGGUUAAGCCAAUUGGAGUAUUUCAUUCCCCAUACCACAGAUACUGGUUUAAAAAUACAUGUGUUUCUCAAUUCAAUUCUCAGCAGUCACCACCCCAGCACUUAGGAAGAUGUUCCACAUAGUCCCUCUUCCCUAGAACUGUAAUGUAAAACAAAGGCCUUAUAGGUACGAUGCUGUAAAGGUAUUGAGAGGAGGAAGCGGGAGGAGAUUGGUCUGGCAGAGAGGAGGCAUUGAGGAAGGCAUAGGAAACCCAGAUGUGCAAUGACAAUGUUUAGGAUGCUGAUGCAAACAGCACGUGAAGUCCUAUUCCUGCUAGACUGUUUUUCAGUUAUGGCCAAUACACCCAUCUGUAUCAUUCAGUCCAUCUCAAAUAGAAUGUUCAGUCUCUUGACAAAUAUUUCAAAACCAUUGACCUUUUCACCAAGGUGAAAUCACAUCACAGGCAAAGAGGAGCUGCUCCUUGUACAAUAUGCAGUGGCUCUAGUUGCCACUGAGCCAGGGGGAGACAUGGGUAGGAGAGCAGUCCUCUAAUCCCAUCCAAUAAUAUCUGUUUUAUUGUACUUUAUGUGUACAAGUGCUUGUCUGUAUGUAUGUGCACUGCUUGAAUACUUGGUGCCUGCAGAAGCCAGAAGAGGGCACCAGACCCCCUAGAACUGGAGUUGCAAAAGGUUGUAAGUCUCCUGUGGGUGCUGGAAACUGAAUCCUGGUCCUCUGGAAGAGCAGCCAGUGCCAUUGACCACUGAGCCAUCUCUUCAGCCCCACAUCAAACAACUAAAUAGUUAUCUCUGCUUAAACAUACCAACAAAGCAUGGUACAGUUCUGUCUGACCUCAGACCUCACAAACCUGGAGGAGCUAAGGCCAGAGUUCCUCAACCCCAGAAGGCUUUUCCAUGAAGUUUUCCCUUACAGAUGAGACUGGGCACCUUCAGGGUGCUAUGGCUGAAGACAAGGCUUCCCCUACAAAACAGGAACUGGGCCUGGAAGAAUAUAGAGUUUCUCUAGAAUCUUCCUUAGAGCUGACUGUAGUCUGGGGCACUAGGCACCCCAGGCAGGGUGAGCACCUGCCCUGAUGGUUAGCUAAACUCAGGUCCCAGUCUCUAGAUGGUUGUGUGUGGUUGUCUUUGGAGAGUCCAGGAUAGGGAGGGAGGGCUACAGCACAGGGAAGUGUCCUUGUGACCAAGGCUUAUGAGAGGGGAGAUUAAGACUACUGGCAGGCAGCCUGUGGGAAGGGGUUGUUGCUCACAGGGGAACUGUGAACAGGAGCUGCUCUCCCAGGCAUCUUAUGUCACAAUUCAUCUGUCACUGGCUUCUCAAUGCUUAGCUAAAUUGAGCUUGUGGCCCAGAUCUAUUUAAGACCUGGGGAGCUAAGCCCAGGACACUCCAGCACCCUGUGGCUAUUCCUAGUUAGGGAGAGGCUGUCAGAUUGCUCCUUCAAUCAUCCUAGGAUGUAGUGCAGAAGAGAAAGUGAGUCCACAGCUUUCUUCCCGGUCAUAUAUACCUCUGGCUGAGACCUCAGCAUUUUGCAAUGUUCUCACUAGAGCCAACAAGACCAUCAGAGCCAAGACCCUCCUCACCUGCCAACAGCAGAAGCAGCCAGGGGAUGGGUAGAGGAUGAAGGAGGAGACACCCUAGCAACAAGCCUAGAGCAUUCUUGAGCCACCCUCUCCUGUCUGGGCCCCGCCCUGUAGCAGGCUUUGCUAUUCUGUAUCUACAUCCAGCAGUGGGACCUCCUAAUGAGGACCUGGACAUCAGCUGCCAAGACUCGGGGAAAUGUCCAGUUGCCAUUCACCCUCAAAGAACUACAGGCUCAUAGGCUAGUUGUCCCUUCAACCCUCCACCACAGCGUCUGUGACAAGGAGAGCCGGGCCCAAAACUCAGCUCUGCUGAGUUCAAGUUUGGCCAUGGACUCUGAGUAUGAGAUAGGCCAUGUCCGCAAGCUCCAGGCUCAGCAUACACACAUGCAGGAGAAGACCUUCAUCAACUGGAUAAAUAACAUCUUCCGACUAGGACGGGUAGGCAUCAGGAUCCAGAACCUGUACACAGAGCUUGCUGACGGUGCCCACCUACUGCGGCUGUUAGAGCUUAUCUCUGGGGAGGCCCUGCCAGCGCCCAGUCCAGGCCGCCUGCGUGUGCACUUCCUGGAGAACAACAGCCAUGCCCUGGCCUUCCUCAGGGCCAAGGUACCCGUUCCCUUCAUUGGGCCAGAGAACAUUGUGGAUGGAGACCAGUCACUCAUCCUGGGACUCCUCUGGGUCAUCAUUCUGCGUUUCCAGAUUUCCCACAUCUCCUUGGACAGGGAGGAGUUCGGGGCCAGUGCAGCUUUGCUCUCUGCCAAGGAAGCCCUGCUGGUGUGGUGCCAGCGGCAGACAGCCAGCUACAGCAAUGUGGACAUCACCGACUUCUCCCGAAGCUGGAGCGACGGCCUUGCCUUUAAUGCCCUGCUCCAUGCUCACAGGCCGGACCUGCUGGAUUAUGGUUCUCUGAGUCUGGACCGCCCGCUAUAUAACCUGUCCUUUGCCUUCCGCGUGGCUGAGCAGCAGCUGGGCAUUGCCCAGCUGCUGGACGCAGAGGACGUGGCAGCCCGGCAUCCAGAUGAACGCUCCAUCAUGACCUAUGUGUCUCAGUACUACCACUAUUUCUCCCGCCUGCAGCAGGGGCAGACGGCCCGGAGGAGGCUGGCUAAGGUCCUGCUGCAGCUGCAGGAGACGGAGGUGCUGCAGGCUCAGUACGAGCAGCUGGCGGCUGACCUGCUCUGCUGGAUUGAAGAGAAGCAGAUGCAGCUGGAGGCCCAGGACUUCCCAGACUCGCUGCCUGCCAUGCGCCAGCUACUGUCAGCCUUUGCUUCCUUCCGUGCCCAGGAAAAGCCGCCUCGGCUGCAGCAGCAAGGGGCUUCAGAGACCCUGCUCUUCCAGCUGCAGACAACGCUCCGAGCCCAAAACCGAAGGCCAUUCCUACCUCGAGAGGGCCUGGGCCCUGCAGAGCUGGCGCAGUGCUGGGCAGAGCUAGAGAGAGUAGAGGCCUCCAGAAGCCAGGCCAUGCAGCAAAAGCUGCUACAGCUGGAGCGACUGGACACUCUGGCCCGCCGCUUUCAGUGCAAGGCAUCCCACCGGGAAAGCUUUUUAAACGAUGCAGAGCAGAUGCUAGAACAGGCCAGAGCUUCCCUCACCGACCCGGCCACAGUGGAGGCAGCCACUCAGAGGCUGAACAUGCUGGAGGCUGGCCUCCUGCCCCAAGAAGGGCGCUUCCAGGCCUUGGGAGAGAUGGCAGACAUCCUCCAACAGGAAGAGUAUCACAGCUGGGCAGAUGUGGCCUGCAGGCAGAAGGAAAUUACUGGGCGCUGGCGGAGACUCCUGCAGUGUCUACAGGAGGAGAGGAAGUGCCUGGCGGGCACGCAAGCUGUGCUGAGUCUGCUGCAGGAGGUGGAGGCUGCCACUGACCAGCUUGGGGAGCUGCAGGGGUUGGCGGGCUCCACGGCCUGUGAGCCACAGCUGGCAGAAGUAGUGUUGCUGCUGCAGAGCCAUGACCUGCUGGAGGCCCAGGUGUCAGCCCACAGGACCCAUGUGAAUCGUCUUGUCCACCAGACGGCACAGCUGGACUCCUCCCAGGGCACCAGUGUGCAGACAUUGCAGACUAAAGCCCUAGCACUAGAUGAGCUCCACCACAGCCUGGUGUCUCUUGUCAGAACCCGACGAACCCUGCUGGAGCAGACCCUCCAGCGGGCACAGUUCCUGCACAGCUGUGAAGAGGAGGAGGCCUGGUUGCAAGAGCACAGACAGCUAGUGGAGAAGGCAGCCCCGGGCCGGGACCUCACUCAGAUCGCUAAUGCUCUGCAGAAACACAAGGCUCUGGAAACAGAACUGCAUCGCCACCAGGCUGUGUGUAUAGAUCUCAUGCAGAGGGGACGCAACCUCAGUGUCAAAGAGCCCCUGACACAGCCAGAUCCUCUGGAAAGGGCAGAAGCAGUGCAGGGAAUAUGGCAACUGCUCUGGACUGGAGCCGCAAGGCGGCGCACCCGGCUGCAAACAGCACUGCUAGUUGGGCAGUACUUUUCUGACUUGGCCGAGGCGGCUUCCUGGCUUCUCCAGCGGCAGAAACAAUUGGAAAGCGCGUCCUACGGGAAGGACCAGUCAGACUCCGAGGCCCUGCUGCAGCAACACCUGCGUCUGGAGCAAGGCUUGUGUGCCUUCGCGGUGGAUCUGCGCGAACUGGAGGAUCAGGCGCGGGCUGCUGCAGCCCUGGUGUCGCAAAUGGUGCACACGGGGACACGGGAAGGACCCAGACACGUGCCUCCUACACCAAAUGUGCUAUCUGCCCUGGGCCUUCCAGGAGAAGACCCCAGGACAGCUCCCCAGGCCGAGUAUGACUUCCACUUCGACUCCAACGCCAUUCUCCAGGCACAGGCUGACUUGAGGCAGAACUAUGAGAACCUUAGGGCCCUGGCCAAGCUUCACAGGGCCCGACUUGAGGAGACGGUCACCCUGUUUAGCUUCUAUAGCUCCUGUAGGGAGCUCCAGUCCUGGCUGGAGGCUCAGACAGCCCUGUUCCAAACAUUGCAACCUCAGGGUGACAACUUAGAGGUCACACAGCUCAAAUAUGAGAAUGUUCUCAUGACCUUGGCCACUGGAAAAGGCCACUGGGAGGAGGCCAUCAGCACUGCUGAACAGCUGAAGCAGAGAUGUCCAGGACACAUCUCGAAAAUCCAACAACAACAGGAGGAACUGAAGCACAGGUGGCAACAGCUGGAGGCCCUGAAGGAGGAGAAACUCCUGCAGCUGACACGUGCCAUGGAGGUGUGCAGUCUUUUACAGGAGUCUGAACCCACACGAGCCCAACUGCUAAGUGUGAUAAGCAGGCUGGAGGCUCUGGGGACGAGAAGCUCUGGGGACAGCCACCGUACCCUGCAGCAGACCCAGCAGAAGGUCCUGGUACUGGAGAAGAAGAUCUCCUACUGCCAAAAAGCAACCAUAGAGUUGAUGGAGUCAGGCCCCGCAGAGGGCCGGCUGCUUUGGGAGCAGGUCCUGAUGCUUCAGUCACUGCUGAAACAAGCACAAGGGCAGGUGGCCCAGCAGGUCCAGGUCCAGACUAAGGAUCGGGUUCAGCGAGGCAUCCUCCAAGAGAGCCAGAAGCUGCUGCUGUGGGCAGAGGGCAUCCAGGCUCAACUGUGCAGCAAAGAGCAACUGGAGGACGUGGCCUCAGCCCAGCAGCUGCUGAGGAAGCAUGGAGCCCUACGGGAGGAGACCUGCCUAUGGAAAGAGAGGUUGCAGCAGCUGGAGGCUCAGGGUCAGCUGGUGGCAGUCUCAGGCUCUCCACAGUUCCAAGAGGUGGCCAGUGCGCUAAGGCUCCUGGGCCAGCACAGCCAGCAGCUGAAGGCUCUAUGGGAGCAGAGACAGCAGAAGCUUUGGGCGGGGCUGGAGCUGCAGAGGUUUGGCCAAGAAGUGGAUAGUUUCACUGCUACCUGUGCCAGCCAUGAGGCCUCUCUGCAGCUGGACAAUCUUGGGGAGGACAUAAGGGAGGCCCAGAGCCUGCUGCAGCAGCACCAGGGUUUGGGGUGGCUCCACAGCUCCCUGGGAUCACGGGCAGAGACCCUGUGGGCACGUGGUGAGAAGCUGCUUCUGAACCAUCCCACUGCUGUGCACAGGAUCAGAGAGCUGCUGCACAGUGCCCAGGCACAGUGGGCCAGGGUCCAAGAGAGGAGUGACCAGAGAAGGGGACAGCUGCUGGCUUCCCUCCAAUUGCAGGAAUGGAAGCAGGCUGCAGAAGGCCUAAUGCUGUGGAUGGAGGAGAAGUGGCCCAGGGUGGCUGAUGAAGGCCCCCAAACAGGCAGCAACAUUCUGCAGUGGCACAAAAUAACCAAGAGCGAACUAUUGGCCUCCCAUAAGUACAUGGAGGACCUACAGCAGACUGGGAAAGAACUGUUGCAUAGCAACCCAUAUGCACAGGAGGACAUACAGGACAGACUUCAAAGCCUUAAUCACAAGUGGGAAGAGUUGAGCCACAAGACAGCAGAGCAAGGGGACAGGCUGCCACAGACCAGACAGCAGGGCCAGCUCCUAGAACUACUACAGGAUGUCAGGGGGAUGAUGGAGCAUCUGGAGGGAGCCCUACAGAGUACAGAAACCGGGCAGGACCUGUGCUCCAGCCGGAGGCUGCAGACACAGCAUCGCCAACUAGAGGGCAAGAGCCAGGCGCUGGCCAGCAAGAUGGCCGCCCUCAUCUCUCAGACCCACAAUGUGUUCACUUCUUGGACCAUCCUGGAGGAGAGCCAGAAGUGUCAGCAGAGGUUCAAGUCCCUGCAGAGCAAGCUGGCCACCCGGCAGCAGCAGCUGCAGGCCUCAGUUGAGCUGCAUAAAUUUAACCUCCUUAGCAAUCUGGAGCUCACAUGGGUGGCUGAGCAUAUGCCCAGUACCAGUCCGAUCUACCCUGCCCAGUGCUGGCAUGACGCUCAGAGCCUUCAACGGAAGCACAAGGUGCUACAGGCUGAGGUGAAAGGUCACGUAGGGCACAUGCACAGGGUGCUAAGUACCGGCCAGAGUCUCGCAGCCUCUGGGCACCCUCAGGCUCAGCAUAUCCUGGAGCAGUGCCAGAAGCUAGAAGGCCACUGGGCAGAACUGGAGCAGGCAUGUGAGGGACGUGCCCAUUGCCUGCAGCAGGCUGUCAUUUUCCAGCGGUACCUUCUGAAUGUGUCAGAGAUGGAGACCUGGGUGGAGGAAAAGCUGCCUCUGGUGAGCAGUCGGGACUACGGCAGCAAUGAGGAAGCCACCUUUGGGCUCAUUAGGAAACACCAGAUGCUGCGGCAGGAGAUAGCUCUUUGCUGGGGCUCCAUGGAGGAUCUCGAGCAGAGGUUCCAGACCCUUGCUGGAUUUGAGGCCUCUGAGCGGCUGGUUGUGGUACGGGAGAAGUUGCAGGCACUACAGAAGCUGGCAGAUGAUCGGGGGCAGGAGCUGGAGGGGACCCUGAGACUACAUGAAUUCAUGAGAGAAGCUGAGGACUUGCAGAGCUGGCUGGACAGCAGGAAGCAGGUGGUCAGAGGAGAGCACGGCUUUGGAGAGGACCAUGAGCAUGUGCUGCAACUCUGCACUGAGUUUACAAAGUUUCAGCACCAGGUUGAAACUGGUGCCCAGCGAGUGGAAACCUGCCGACAGCUGGCAGAGAGCCUACUAGAGCUUGGGCACAGCGCUGCCCACAAGUCUCACCAGAGGCAGCAGGAUCUACAGGCUGCCUGGUGUGAACUGUGGCAGUUGACCCAGGCCCAAGGCCUCCUGCUCAGUGAUGCCGAAACCACCCUUAGAGUCCACAGAGAUCUUCUAGAAAUCCUUUCCCAGAUUCAGGAGAAAGCCACGAACCUCCCUAAUGAUGUGGCCCAGGACCUACAUGGGGUAGAGAAGCAGCUCCAGAGACAUGAGGGGCUGGAACGCGAGCUGGCAGGCAUGGAGCAGCAGCUGCAGGAGCUGCUGAAGGCUGGAGGCAAUGUACAGAAGUUGUGUCCUCAGGCCCUCGCCACUGUGCAGCAGAAGCAACAAGCUGUGACCCAAGCCUGGGAGGCCCUCCAGCUGCGCAUGGAGCAGCGCAAGGCCCAGUUGGAGCAAGCAUAUCUCCUGGUCCGAUUCCACACAGCGGUGAGGGACUACACCUCCUGGGUGGCCAGCGUGCAUCUGGAGCUGCAGAUGGAGGACGACUCCUGGGAACCCAGCAGCAUUUUGCUCAGGCUCAGAGCCCACCAAUGGCUGUGGGCAGAACUGAAAGCCAGGGAAGAGCUGCAGGAGCAGGGCACUAAGAUGGGCCAGCAGGCGCUGCUGGUGGCAAGGACACCCACUAAGGUCCAGGAUGGGCUUCAAACCCUACAGGAGAAACGUGACCAGGUGUUCCAGGCCUGGGCACUCAAACAGGAGAGGUUGCAGGCCACACUUCAAGAACAGCGCCUCCUCAGACAGGGUGACCACCUGGUGAAGCUCCUCACAGCCCAGGAGGCAUUCCUCAAAGCCAGCGGCCUGGGGAGCUCAGUGGAAGAAGUGGAACAGUUGAUCCGAAAGCUCGUCAUCUUCCAGAAAGUGCUGGCUCUCCAGGACAAGAAGGAGUCAGCGCUGUGUGAGCAGUUGAAAAUGAUUCCAAGCCCAAAGGGGCAGAACCUGGUUUACCACGUGCAGGAACGCCGGGCUCAAGUGAAGGAACUGGCAGAGAGCCGGGGACAGGCCCUGCGCACCUCCUUGAUGAUAGGCAACUUUACCAGGACGGCAACCCAGGUUGAGGACUGGAUCCAGGAGCGGCUCCAGCAACUGAGAGCCUGCAGCCCUCUUGGGAACCUAAAAGAUUAUCUGAAACACCUGAGGAAACACCAGGCCUUCAGGGCUGAGGUCCAGGCUCAUGAGCAGAUCGUGACCUCUGUUGCCAAGCAAGGUGAAGGGCUCCUCAGUCAGAGCCACCCUCAGGCUAGAGAGGUCUCCCAGAGGCUGGAGGCCCUGUGGGACCUCUGGGAGAAGCUGAGGCAGGCAGUGACCCUGCAGGGCCAGGCCCUGGAGGACAGAUGCAACUUUCUGGAGUUCCUGCAGAGCGCCGACCUUGCAGAGACCUGGAUCCAGGAGAAGGAGAGGAUGGUGGACGGCUGUGACGUUGGCCUGAACCUUGAGCACUGUCUGCAGCUGUGCAGGCAGGUCUGCAAGUUACAGGUCACAGUGGAUGACACCCGCAUCAGGAGAAUCAAAAACUUGUCACUGCAGCUCAAGAACCAGGGCCCCGAGGAAUCUGAGGCCAUCUGCCAGCGACAAAACCAGCUCAACAAUAGGUGGAAGACUUUCCAUGGCAACCUGCUCCUGUAUAAGCAGCGGCUUGAAGCAGCCCUGGAGAGACACAGAUUGUCCAGUGAACUGGACAACAUCAUUGAGCAGAUCAGGGAGAAGGAAUCGCUGGCCCAGGCCCUGGAGGGCACUGAAGGUUUGGAGCGUAUAUCAUGGAGACAGAAAAUGCUGCAGCAGGAGAUGGACCUCAUCCAGACUCAGGUGGAGUCUCUUGGAGGUAGGGUCAGCCGGCUCUGCGAGGAAAAUCCUGAGGCUACAGGCGGCCUCAGACAUAAGCAGCAGGAAAUGAUGGACAGCUGGUGGAAGGUCUGGCACAAGGCCCGGAAGUGGAGGGAGUUGCUGGAUGUGGGCCAUGAAGUUCAGAAGCUCCAGACCAUGCUGCAGGAUCUGCAGGACUGGGCCCAGGGACUACAGGCUGAGAUGGCCAGGCAGGCCACGCCCUGCAGCCCUGUGAGAAUCCUGUACAUGUUGGAAGAGCACCAGGCACACAAGGUUGAGCUGGACGUCCGAACAGACAGCCUUAAUCUGGUCCGAAGCAUGGGGCAGCGGCUGCUUGCAUCUGGAUACCCGCUGGCCUCCGGCAUUCGCCAGCCCCUGGCUGCUGUAGAGCAGGAGUUGAGUGGCUUGCAGGCAUCAUGGCAGGGGCGGCAGCAGCAGCUACAGCAGGCCCUGGAGCAGCAGCUGUGUCUGAGCUCUGUGGAAAAGGUAGAACACUGGCUUGACAGUGAAGAGGCCUCCCUGACUUAUGAGGAAGUGGCGGACCCUUUGGUCACUGUGGAGAUCCUUCUGUCAAAGCACAAGAGACGUGAGCAGGGCCUGAAGGUACAGGCUGAAAAGAUCAGUGCACUGGAGGCCACGGCCCAUAGCCUGCACCAGGGUGGACACUCUGAGGCCCACAGUGUCCUGGACAGAUGUCAGGCCCUACUCCUGAGGAUGGAUGCACUCACAGAGCAAGCGAGGGCCCGGGGACGCCAGCUGGAGGAGCUACAGAAGCUUCGGAAAUUUUUGCAGGAUUCCAGCGAGGUAGCUACAUGGCUGAGGGAGAAGAACCUGGUGGCUCUGGAAGAGGGUCAGCAGGACCCAACCACGAUGCAAGCACAGUUGCAGCAGCAGCAGAAUUUGCAGGCUGAGCUGGAUGCCAGUGUUCACCAGCGGCAGGAGCUCCAGAUGGAGGGGCAAGAGCUGCUACAAGGGGGGCACCCGGCCUCAGAGACCAUCCGGGGGCAACUGGAAGAAUUAGGAGGCCUCUGGGCUGAGCUGCAGACCAACUGCCAGAGGAAGAUGGCCAGACUACAGGGGGCCUCCAAGGUCCUGCAUCUGCAGAGGAUGCUGAGGGAACUGAAGAACUGGCUGGAGCCCAUGGAAGCAGAGCUGAGAGCCCCUGUCAGAAGCCAGGACCUGCCUAGAGUGGGCGAGCUCCUGGGUGCCCAGGAGGAGCUAGAAGCAGCUGUGGAUAGGCAGGCCAGGCAAGUGCAGGAGCUGCAGGGCCAGGCCCAAGCCUGCUUUCAGGAAGGCCACCGCCUCGCCAAAGAUGUGGAAGAGCAAGCCGGGCAGCUGCUUCAGAGGUUUCAGGGCCUUUGGGAGCCCCUACAAGAGCGCAGGGCAUCCCUGGAGGCCCAAAGGCUCCUCUUACAGUUCUUUAGGGAUGUUGAUGAGGAAAUGGCUUGGGUUCAGGAGAAGUUGCCCUCUGCCACAGCCCAAGACUACGGUCAGAGCCUGGGCACUGUGCGCCACCUGCAGGAGAAACACCAGAAUUUAGAGAAUGAGAUCAGUAACCACAAGGCUCUGAGCCAGGUGGUGACAGGUACAGGACACAAGCUUGUACAGGCGGGACACUUUGCCGCUGAAGAGGUGGCCGCCCGGGUGCAGCAGCUGGAGGUGGCUCUAAACCACCUAGAGACAGAGGCAGCACGGAGGGGGAGGAUGCUGCAGCAGGCCCUGGAGGCCCAGCAGACUCUGGUGGAGCUCCUGGAAGCUGGAUCCUGGCUAGCUGAACGGGGCCACAUUCUGGACAGCGAGGACCUGGGCCAGGAUACUGAGGCCACACAGGCUCUUUUGCGGCGCCUGGAGACCACCACAAGAGACUUGGAGGGGUUCAGCAGUCGCAUUGAGCAGCUACAACAAACAGUAGCCCUUCUGGAGAGUGGGCAGGGCCCAGGCAGUCCUAGGGUGCUGGCCCAGUUGCAGGCUGUGAGAGAGGCCCAUGCACAGCUCUUGCAGAGAGCAGAAGGCAGGGGGCAAGCACUGCGUGAGCAGCUACACCUAUACCAGCUAGAGCAAGAGGCCUUGCUCCUGGAUGCCUGGCUGACCACCAAGCUGACUGUCGCUGAGUCCCAGGACUAUGGACAGGAUCUAGAAGGCAUCAAGGUACUGGAAGACAUGUUUGAUGCUUUCAACAGAGAAGUCCAGAGCCUGGGCCAGGCCAAGAUGCAGACCCUGAGGGAGCUGAUGGCUUCCCUAGAAAGAGGGGCACCCAGGUUCUAUCCCCAGAUUCAAGCUCAGAAGUGUCGCGUCCAGGCCACUUGGGAGAGGCUGAACAAGGCAAUCAAAGCCCGUACAGAGAACCUGGCAGCAGCCCGUGAUCUCCGGAGCUUUGAGCAGGCCGCCUCAGAGCUCCAGGGUUGGAUGCAGGAGACUACCACCCUGCUGGAAGGAGAGUUCCAAGUCCAUGACCUGUCGCCUGCACAGCCCCUGCUGCAGCAGCAGCAGCAGCAAAGGCGUCUUCAGAGAGAAGUGAGGGUUAUUGAAAACGAGGUGUCGAGAGUACAGACGGAGGCCCAAAGGCUCGGCCAGCACCACCCUUUGGCUCAGGGGAGCCUUGGUGAGUGGCUCACCAAGGUGCAGGGCGCCUGGGCCAACCUGGAGGCCAAAGUCCAGGAAUGGAGCCAGAAACUGCUGCAGGCUACCCAGGGCCACACCUUUCUUGGGAGCUGCCGGGAAUUGCUAGUGUGGGCUCAGGAGAAGCAGGAGCUGCUUUCCUCAGAGAAGCAGGCUGAGGAUGUGGUGGGGGCCAAGCAGCUCCUUGAGCAGCAUGAGGAGCUGGAGCAAGAAAUCCAGGAAUGCUGCCUUCAAGCCCAGAACGCACGGCAGGAAGGGCAGCGACUGCUGGACAAAGGCCAUUUCAUGUCCCUGGAGGUGGCAGAGUGUAUGCAGGAGCUGGAAAGACACGUGCAGGAGCUUCAGGUAGCCUGGGCCCUGCGUGGACAACGCUUGGAGCAGAACUGGAGCCUGCAACAGCUGCGGCAGAGGCUGGAGCUGGCUGAGGCCUGGCUGACCUCCUGUGAGUGCCUGCUGCUGGACCCCAGCUGUGGGCACUCGGUGUUGGAUGUGGAACGUCUGCUCUACAGACAAGAUGGCUUGGAAAAGCUGCUGGCAGCCCACGAGGAAAAAUUCACCCAGCUUCAGAUGAUGACAGAGGAGGCAAAGGGUGCUCAUGUCAUGGAGGCGUCUGUGGAACUUAACCAGCAGCCUCCCACAGAAGGGAGGCAGGCAGUCCUUUUCCUAGAAGAGUCUGAGUCCUGGCCUGGAGCCUUUUCCCUGUCUUCCCCGCAGCCCGGUACCAGCUUUUGGACCAGCAGCCAUGGGAUCUUGGCAAGGGGAGCCUCGAGCCUAUUCUCAGAUAUGAGGAAAGUGGAAGUGCCAAGUGGCAUUGGGGAGCUGCCUUAUGCAUCCCCCCUUGUACCUGAGGAAACUGAAUGUGAGAGACUGGAGGACAGAAAGCAGACUUUCUUCCCAAGGUCUAAACCUUGAAAUGAAUCCUGAGCCAACACCAACCCUCGGGGCUACCGGUGGAGACACAGCCUGGGAACCACUUAACUACUGGCCCAUGGCUGCUCAGGACCAGUGUGGGGAACACAGCUCCUGUCAGAGGAUAAGCAGCACUGGUAUCACAUGUCACUGGCUAUGCCUGAGAUGGACCAUGACUUCAUUGCAAGAUCUCGGGGCAAAGAUGACAACCUGUGACAGGACCGGAACAUCCAUGCUAGUGGCCUCUUGGAAAGGCCGGCCUGCUUUCAGAGUGGGACUAACAGCCUGGCACAGCAGAUGGUCUUGGGACAGCGUCACAAACGCCUCCCGUUUAUAAGAGCCCCUGUCACAGUAAAGUGUUCCAUGCUGCAGUGUCCCAUUGUGCAGCCAACACUGCUCCCAUCUCUAACAAGCCCCUAGUCCAUCCAUGAACGACAGCCAUAGCACCACUGCUUGCAGCUUCCAGUCUAGACUCUGUGACAGGGCUGCUGACAGGUUAGCGUCACCUAUGAGGUCCCAGACACACAUCUUUGUGGAGCUGUGCCUGGACAUCAGAGUCCUCAGGGCCUCUGGAGCACAUGGUGAUGCUGGUCUUGAACUGAGUGCAGAAGGGGAAGGAGCUGAAGAUCAAGAGUGACCCAGGAGGAGUCCAGCCAGGGUACCUCAGCUGUCACUCCCGCCUAAACUGUCUGCGGUUUCUCCGCCGCUGCACGGCCUGGUGCAUGGCCUCCCGCAGCCGAUCCUGGUUGUUGCAGAUGUUGUAAUGCGUCAGUCGUAACAGCUUGUCCACAUCUUCCUG